CCCAGAAAAUUCCAGAAAGUUCGGUGUUGGUCGCUUCGAAAGAAGAAGAAAAGAGAAAAUAAUGUAACCAGGGCAACCAGUCUGUGUGGUUUGCAUUGGAAAAGCCCUUACGUAGUGGAACGUGAUGACGUAGGAGGCGUAACCUCAUAUACGUAACUAACCGACAAGUUUCGACAUGCCGCACACAGUCCCAGACCUCAGUCACUCAGUGAGCUACAGACGGAGAGCACCACAGCAGGCAGUCCUCAGUCUUUCUCCCGGGUCUUCUAAUGGUUCACAUCACAGACUUCAUGCUCGGCUUCACUGUUCCUCUCUUGACUUUCUUGGUACUCUUCACUACGGCAGCCCGGACGGACGUUGAUUCUCAGCCUCAGGUGAUUGGAUCCCUUGAGCCAAUCGUUGCUGUUCUGGGCGAUGAUGUCAUCCUGCCGUGCCACCUGGAGCCCAAAUUCAACGUGCAGCGUCUGACAGUAGAAUGGUCGAAGCCCGACCUCAAGCCGGACCCCUUGGACCCGCUGAGCCGGGUCGAGUACGUGCACCUUUACAGGGACCGACAAGAAGUCCCGGACAUGAAGAUCCAGUCGUACAUCAGGAGGACGGCUCUGUUCACUGACGAGCUGAGAGAGGGAAACAUUUCGCUGAAGAUCAUGAACGUGACGCUCGCAGAUGCGGGCAGAUACAGAUGUUUCAUCCCCAAGUUAAAAAGCAGAGUGAAGGAGUCAAUUAUUUACCUUGCUGUUGUCCCAAAAUCUGUUAUAACAACAGAGACGCCGCUGCGUCCCCAGACUCCAGAUCCAAAUGAGACGGAUGUUAAAGGUGGUCGGAGCAAUCAUGGUUUGUGGAUCUCUAUGGGGGUCGCCUGCGUCUUGCUGAUCCUGUGCAGUGGAGUCGUUGGAUAUUUAUUGAAACACAGGCGUGAAAAACAAAAUCAUACAAAGUAUGACAUGGCCUCAACCAUAGCCCUUCCAGCCUAGGUGCCUUGCUCAAAGACACGUUUGAGGUAUUUGUUAGUGGAGAUCAGAGCUAGGAUUUAAAUCAUCAGCAUAUCUGACGGGACCAGCAGCAGAGAGAUCUCCUUGAUGGAUGCAGAUUAUCAUCGGAACAGAAUGCACAGUCUGAUUUGAAGGUGACCCUCAAUGGCCUUUGAUGACUGUAUGACUCGCUGGAGGAAUCCGAUCCCUGUGAAAACAGGCGAAUUCAAAAGCAACACCUGAUGAAAUCUUCCUGAGCAUGUUUGGUCAAAAGAAGUCCAGCCCGCAGAAGAACUGUGCCAGAACCUUGAAUCCUCUUUUGGACUCACCAUGAUCAGCGGCAGGAUCGCUGUGCAUUUGCCAAAGACUUUUGUUUUCUGUUAAGAGAAAGAGGCUAAACUUAGGCCAGCAGUACUUUUUUUGUGAAGAUGACAGCUAUGGUAUUUCACCUGACCUCAAAGAGAGCCAUGACGGACAGAAAGGAUGACAAUAAGUUUGUUUCGUCAUCGUCUGGGUCCUCCCUGGCUUCUCCUCUACCAAAGGAGGAUAAUUGUGAGUGAAAUACUUCAUUCGCAAACAGACUUUUUUAGGCCUGUUGUUGUAGUAGAUGACACAUCAGGCUCUGUUGGUACCCUCCACGACAUUUGCUACGAGCUGGUUGCACCAGUUGUUUGUAACUUAAACUAGUCACUAAAUAAAAAACAGUUUGCACCUUACAAAGUACCUCUAUCACAAAAAUGAUGCGUCACACACACACACACACACACACCACCGCCCAUCCAGACCACUCUGUCCUGGGCGAUAGUGUGAGCAAGCAAGGUGUGUGUUUAUGUAUCUGCCGGGCUCCAGACUGCAACUAUUUAGUGGCAUUUUGCGACCAUGGAGCACCCGUGCAACUUGCAAAUACUAUUAAUGCAUGAACUGGAGAGCUGUUAGUUUAUUCACUGUGAGCAGGAAGUAAACUAUCAAUGUUAAAGCCACUACAGUAACAGCUUAACCUAAUUUGUUUAACAAUACUUUGAGCAAUUGAGACGCAUGUUUUUUAAUCUGCCGGGCUCCAGACCGCAAAUAUGUAGUGGCAUUUUGCGACCAUGGAGCACCAGUGCAACUUUCAAAUACUAAUGUAUAAACUUGAGAGCUGUUAGUUUACUUCCUGCUCACAUUGAAUACAUCCUCACGGUUUAACUUAACUCCAACUGCUAACAACAACUGUUGACCAGAACCUUCAAGUUCACAUCAAAAACAUCAACGCUUCCUACCAGAGACGAGGUGCCACUCUUUAAUGUUAUUAUGUAACACUAGCUACUUUAUUUAAAUCUAUUGUAACAAUAUGUUAUUUAGCACUUAAGCACUUCAUUUUAGUUGUCUACGGUAGUAAAGAUUAAUUUCAAAAUAUCACGAUAUACACUGUGUAUCAUGAUUUAGCCUAAAAAUAUUGUGAUAUCAUUUAUAGCCAAUAUUGCUCUGCCCUGCAACCACUAAUCUCCAGGUGUAACGUUAGCUUGCUAAUAUCUCACCUGAGUUAAGAAUAAGGUUAACACAUGAGCAAAUGUGGGCGAGUGAUCGUCGUCUAACGAGGCGAUAUUCAUGAUGAGCGUGGGCAGUGCCUGAUGUGACGCAGAACUACCUCUCUAAAGCAUGAUGUUAUCUGUGCAUAUUCCAUUUUCUUACAUUUCAUGCCUGUCUCCUAAAUCGCUGUCAGCCAGGCAGCAUCUCUCAUGUGUGGCACUUUGUAUUUUUUAGGGCCAAAAUCGUAAAAAUGUCUGCUUAGGAAAGAGUCCGACUCAUUGUCAUGGACAGAAUUUCCUAAGUUUUCCAUGACUUUCCAAGGACCCUAUAUGGCAUUCCCAUGACCAUUCAGAAUGUAUCACAUGACCAGAACUGUAAGGUACACUUAACCGUUUUGUUACUUAACAGAUGAUUACUGUAAAAAUUUUUAUUACGUACAACAAAGUUCCAGGACUUUUCCAAAACAUCUUAAGGGUUUUACAAACUCUGCGACUUUUAAAACAAGAUUGUUGAUGCUGUCUAUGACCGCGGGAACCCUGUUAGCAUCAUCAGAUAAUUUCCUUUCAUUUUAUGGUGUAUGAAUGCAGCAAACUCUGAAACACAUGUACUUUAUUUCUUUGUAUAUGCCAACAUAAGCUAAACCAAAGUAAUACACAGAAUAAAAAAAGAUUAAUCUGUUGUGCCUGCGAAACUGUUAUUUUCCGAGGUUGUGCUAACUUGUCUGGCAUUUCCCAGCAAUUGAUCAACACAUUGCCAAAGUCUUUCCUGAGCUAAAACGUUUAAUGGUGCAGCUUGAUUUAGCAAAUCACUGAAUAUCUGGUGCAACCCAAUCCAGAGUUUCAGCUUAUUUACACUGGAUGAAGAAGAAAAAUGGGUAUAUUUUUUGUUUUUUUAUGAUUAAUUUAUUUAACAUGUAAUUAAUUCUCCCACCUGUUUAGACUGAUUAUAAAUCACAGUUAAUAGUGUUACAACAGUGGCUAUGUUUACAUGCACACUAAUAUUCAGCUGUUAUUUCAAAUUUCAACAGCAAUAUUCCAUGUCGAUAUAAAGAAUUAGGCUUUUUUAUUUCUGGCCAAAUUCUGGCACAAGUGACAGCCGUUCCACUUUUCCAUAUUUUGGUGUGAUAAAUGACUUGUUGUGGCACGUUAAUCAGAGUGCGCACAGCUGCAUGUAAAUGUAAAUUUUAGUUUGAUAUUCAUUUUCAUUAGUCGGUAUGUUGUCUUUUUUGGAAAAAGGGCAAAAACUGAAAUAUAUUGUGCAUGUAAACAUAAUCAGUGUGAUUUAAAAGAGGGUGGUGUGUCUGACACUUACUUAUGUUUGAAUAAUAACUGAUUUGAGG